AGAUUACUUUAAAUCCGAAGAAGCUAAAAUGUCUGACGCAGCUGGUGAUUCUGGAUGCCGUACUUGCGGUGGGGAAGGGCACUUCUCAAGGGAUUGUCCUGACAAGCCUGCUGGAUCUGACGCCUGCAGGAAGUGCGGAGAGGAAGGGCAUAUGUCCAGGGACUGUAGUCUACCCGACACCUGCAGGAAGUGCAAAGAAGAGGGACACAUGGCUUCUGACUGCACUCUUCCUGAUGUUUGCAGGAAAUGCAAGGAAGAGGGACACUUGGCUAAAGACUGCGAGCUCCCAGACGUGUGCAGGAAGUGCAAGCAAGAGGGACACAUGUCCCGGGACUGCGAACUUCCUGACGUUUGCAAACGAUGUGGCGAGGAAGGUCAUAUGGUGGCCGAAUGUACUGAGGAGGAGAAGACCCGUACGGUCACUGACGAGGAUGGAACGGUUCGAGAGAUCUAUGUGCCGAAGCUGGCGACUGAUGACGAGCUCUUCCAAAUGAGUAUCUCUGCUGGAGACAACUUCGCUAAUUAUGAGAACAUACCGGUGGAGGUUGUGGGAGAUAAUGUACCUGCUCCUGUCAAAGAUUUCCUCUGUCUCCGACCUCUCGUUCUGGACAACGUUAAGAAGAGUAAAUAUUCGGUCAUGACUCCGAUUCAGAUGUAUUGUAUCCCAGCUAUUCAAGCGAAGAGAGAUGUGCUAGCAUGCUCCCAGACCGGAUCAGGAAAGACUGCUGCAUUCCUUCUCCCUAUCAUCAACAACCUUCUCGAGGAGGAAGUGGCAGCUAACGUAGGAGUUAGGGAACAGAGCCCGCAGGUCAUCGUCGUCACUCCUACCCGUGAGUUGGCUAACCAGAUUAACAUCAAUGCAAGAAAGUUUGCUCUUGGUUCUGCAAUUAAGAGUGUCGCUGCUUACGGAGGAACCAGUAUGGGAAACCAAUUAAGAAACCUGGAGGCAGGAUGUAAUAUCAUCUCCGGAACUAUGGGACGGCUCCUCGGAUUCAUUGAAAUGGGUAAAGUGCUCCUCGACCAGGUUCAGUACGUGGUGCUGGAUGAGGCGGACCGGAUGCUUGACGAGGGGUUCGGCCCCGAUAUAGAGAAGCUGAUGAACAGCCCCGGUAUGCCUCCCAAGACCGAGCGUACUACUCUGAUGUUUUCUGCAACAUAUACCCCAGAAGUUCUAGAACUCUGUAAGAAGUAUCAGAAAGAGGACGUUAUCUCGAUAACCAUGGGAGUGAGUGGAACUACCUGCGCAGACGUCAGUCAGGAGUUCAUCAAGAUCGACAAAGAGAAGAUCUGGAAGAAUAAGAUGUUAAGCGAACUGCUUAAAACUUUUAUUAGAGAUGAACUCAUCAUUGUUUUUGUCAAGAAGAUGGAACAGGUUGAUUUUCUGUCUGCAGAGCUCUGUGACAUGAAUAAACCAGCCACAAGUAUUCACAGCAAGCGUUCUCAGCGUGAACGUGAGGAGGCUUUAUAUGACUUCAGGACUGGCAAGUAUCCCGUCCUGGUGGCGACAGGUGUCAUGGCCCGUGGCCUGGAUGUACCCGCUGUACAGCUGGUCAUAAACUACGAUAUGCCCUACGAGAUUGAGGAGUAUGUACACAGGAUUGGAAGGACUGGUCGUGUUGGAAAUGUUGGAAGAGCAGUCACAUUUUUUGAGCCUGCACGAGAAGGUAAACACGCUAAGAAGCUUAUUGAAGUACUUACGAAGUCCAGUAUUGAAAUCCCGGAUUUCAUUGCUGAAGCUGCUGCUAAUGCUCCGGACGAGGAAGAGUAUGCUGCUGCUCCAGCACAGGAGGAGGAAGAUGAAUGGUAACAAGCUCCGGUUAAAUCUAGAAUCGGGAUACUACCUCGUUUAUCUAGAUUUUUGAAACCAUCUCGUUGUAAAUCUAGAAUCUGGAAACCACCUCUUUGUAAAUCUAGAAUCUGGAAACCACCUCGUUGUAAAUCUAGAUUCUGGAAACCACCUCGUUGUAAAUCUAGAAUCUGGAAAUCACCUCGUUGUAAAUCUAGACUCUGGAAACUGCCGUUGUAAACCUAGAUUCUAAUUAUAUUUGGGGGUUUAUAUAUCUAGUAACAAUUGUAAUUUUUUUUUGACUUUAUGUGUUAAGUAUUUGUUAUGUGAUAUUUUCGAUUAUUUCUUGGGUUACUAUCCCACAUCCAAAUUAAUAAAUGUUUGUAAACCAA